GAGAAACCAAGAUCCUACAUAGCCAUGGCAGCAGCAGCCGUUGGAACAGCAGAAGACCGGACGAUUAGCCGGAAAAUCGGCCAGCCGCCGACGAGAACGAAAUGCCCGGCGCCGUUUCUGCUUAAAACUUACGAACUUUUGGAGUUUGUGGAGGAAGAAGAAGAGAAUUAUAGUGGAAAAAAUAAGGUUAUUUCAUGGAAUGAAGAGGGCACUGGUUUUGUUGUUUGGUCUCCAGCUGAGUUUUCUGAGCUCAUGUUGCCUAAAUAUUUCAAGCACAACAAUUUUUCGAGUUUUAUCCGACAACUUAAUACCUAUGGAUUCAAGAAAGUAGCAUCCAAGAGGUGGGAAUUCUCACAUGAGAAGUUCAAGAGAGGAAGUAAGCAUUUACUUGGCAAAAUCACAAGAAAGAAAAGUGACUCUAGUGCUUUUCCUGCAUACUUGAAGCCUUCUGAUCAUAUAAUGGCUGCAAAAGAAGAGAAUAAUAUUACUUUGCAGCUGCUUAUGGAGGAGAAUCAGAACUUAAGAAAAGAAAGGUUAGAAUUGCAAAUGCAGAUUGCUCAUUUCAAAACCCUAGAAACAAAGUUGAUGGACUGUCUUUCUCAGUAUGUGGGAAAUCAACAUAAUAAAGUUAGAAGGCUUUUUUAGAUA